AUGGCCGGCACAGGUUACGACUUUUCACGUCUAUUCAACUCAUCUAUCCUCGCUUUCUCUCCUGGGUCUACUUUCCUCGCUACGGCGUAUCAAUCUCGGGUCAUCGUCAGAUCCACUUCGAACCUGUCCAUCGUGAGGACUUACCAAUGUCUUUCUGCCUCCCAGUCGGCGGGUCCGUCUCGUGCAUCCGAAGAGCUCUCUGUGGAACAGCUUCUGUGGUCGUCGGAUGGAAGGUAUCUGUUAUCUUAUGGACGUGGUAAUGCCUGGGUGUUUGGUUUGGCUGUGGCAGGUGAUGGAGAAGGUGGUGAGAUGGUCAGAAUAGGUGGAGGAGUUGAGGGGCUGAUCAAGGUGGAAUGGGCCAAGGGGGGACAUGAAGUUCUUGCUUGGUCUGAACAUGGUCUGAGAUUGACCAUCUACAAUCUAGAGACGGGAGAAGUUGGUAUGAUACAAUACCCUAAAUCACCAGAAACUCAUACUUGGUCUCCCGACGGACGAUACCUAUCUGUCGUAGAGCGUCAUUCAGGUCGUGAUCAUCUAGGUAUCUACGAUUCUUUCGAUUCUUUCUCUCUCCUUCGCCACUUCCCUUUACAUGAAGAUACCCAUUUGUUAUCUUGGUCCCCUUGCGGUCGAUACAUCGCAACAGCCGAUAAUCAUCUACACUAUGCCGCCCAUAUCUAUUCUCCUCUCGGACCAUGUUUAACACAUUUCACACCCGCUUCCACGAGCUUUGGGAUGAACAACGAAGAUCCAGGUUUGGGAAUACGUAUCAUGGCUUGGGCGUUAGGAGGAAGAUUCUUAGCUCUGGGUGGAUGGGAUGGAAGAGUGAGGGUGUUGGAUAAUGAUGGUUGGGGAUGUGUGGCUGUGAUGCAAUGGGGAAACAAGACUUCAGAGUCGGGCACAGUAUGGAGAGAACCUGCUUCAUGGAUCCAAGAUACUCGUGGUAGAGGUAUCAUCCAAUUCGACCGUCUCUCCAUUCCUGCACCACUACAAAGCAUUCGGCCAGAUCUCUCGAAAUCCCAUCCCAAGAUGGGUAUCACCGAUCUUUCUUUCAACUCCGAUUCUUCCCUUCUUCUCAUACGAAAAGAAGAUCAACCAUGCGUCAUUCACAUUCACACUUUCUUACCUUCACCAGGUGCCGUUCCCAACGUCACUCACCUAACUUCUAUCUCUUUCUCCUCGAUAGUCAGAAAUGUUAGCUGGGCUCCGAAAGGGAAGAGAUUGGCCGUCGUUACGCGAACUGGGGGAGUGUAUAUCUGGGACGGAGAGAGUGGAUGGGUUGAUGGUGAGAAAUCUGGUGAAGAGGAGAAAGGGGGGUUGAUGGAAGGUAUUGGAAUUCCCAGUUUAACACCAUUCGUUGCACAUGAUAUCCACUGGGCACCAGAUGGACAAUCUCUGGUUGUUCAAGAUACCGACCAUUUCUGUCUUUUGUACGAUGACGAGUCUGAUGAAAAAGAGAAACACGGUAGUGUCACAGGAGAGAAAUGGGAAGAAGGUUUGACGGUAGUAUGUGAAGAAGAAGAGUUCAGUGGGGUAGAAAUGUCAGAUUGGAAUUCGAGAUUACAAUUAGAGGUGAUGUAAUAUUCUUGGUAUCG